UCAUCACCUACCUCAAAUCCAGCGUACUCGUAAAGCUGAGACUCAUAGCCGGAGAAAAAAAAUCCGAUGAAAUUCACAGACUCGCCGGUGAUCGAUCUCCCGGUGCGCAAUACGCACCUUUCAAUCCAACAAGACAACGGCUCGAUGCACGUGGGGACCACUGUCUGGCCCUGCUCUCUCGUACUCGUCAAAUUCGCCGAACGCUGGUCUCCUCUAACGUACGCCCCCUCAUCCUCCACUCCAACCCCAACCCAAAACCAAAACCCCUACGCCACCCUCCUCGAUUUUCGCAACAAACGAGCCGUCGAGCUCGGUGCCGGCUGUGGAGCCGCCGGCAUGGGUCUCUACCUCCUCGGCCUACACGACGUCGUUCUCACCGACAUAGCACCAGUCAUGCCAGCCCUAAAGCACAAUCUGAAGAAGAAUAAGCCCGUUUUGGGAAAAGCCCUAAAGACGUCCCAAUUGUAUUGGGCCAAUUCGGAUCAAAUCAAAGCCCUAGGCCCACCGUUUGAUAUCGUGAUUGCGACGGACGUGGUUUAUAUAGAGGAGACGGUGAAGCCAUUGGUUUCGGCAAUGGAGGGUCUGGUUGGGGAAAACGGCGUGGUUUUGUUGGGGUAUCAGUUGAGGUCGACGGAGGCUCAUGAGUUGUUUUGGGAGGUGUGUGGAAGGGUUUUUGAGGUUGAGAAAAUACUGCAUGAGCAUUUGCAUCCGGAGUAUGCUUACGAGGAGACUGAUGUUUAUGUACUGAGGAAGAAGAAGAUGCUGUAAGGGUGGUUGUUUUUCAGAUGAAAAGAAAAAAGGUUUGAAUUUUGAUAUGAUUGUGUUUUAAAUUUCUGUGCAGUUUGUUGUUGCUGAUUGUUAAAUGGGAAAUGUUAUUCGGAUUUUAUUUAGG